AUGAAAUUCAUAUUUUCCAUCGCUUUUCUGUCGCUUUGUAACGCCGACGGCCUACCGCUGGUUUCAACGCCGAUCAGUGCGAACACGGAGUUUGUGAUUUUUGGCACCAGGUAUUGUACUUUUCAAUUUGCACCAUUUUUGCAGUCGGGUUGAAGUAGCUAGCAGAGUUGAGCGGAAGAAUUUUUAUAUCUUUUUUAGAAAAUUUUUUCAUAAAAUGUGAUCAACUGACGAAAUGUAUCGCAAAGUGAACUGUGCCCAUAGAAAAAUAAUUGUGAAUUUAGCUUUUCAUACAAAAAAGUUAUUCGAGUUGUUAUUCGUUUGCCCCUAUUUCACGCAACAACUCGAAUAACUUUUUUGUAUGAAACGCUAAAUUUACAAUUAUUUUUCUAUGAGCACAGUUCAUUUUGCUAUACAUUUCGUCAGUUGAUCACAUUUCAUGAAAAAAUUUUCAAAAAAAGAUAAAAAUUCUUCCGUGAGUUCUUUCGUUGAGUAGCUAGGGUCCAAGUUUCAGACCGAUCCGAAACUUGGACCCAAGAGGCGUAAAUUCAAAAUUUUCAGGCAUGGAAACCGAAAUCCUGAACAGUUUUUGAGUGGAAUCGACCGGACAUGGGGUCAGGAGGGAGCAUUGGAGUUGACUUCGGUGAGUGAAGCCGUCGAUUAAUGCUGCUUUUGAAGCUGUAAUAAUUGGAGAGCAGAAAGUCACUUUAUUAUCGUCGAAAUGUUCAGAUUGGAAAGCGACAAGGCUAUGGAUUGGGUGCGGAACUGCGAAAGUUCAUAGGAAACUUGACGUCAGAGAACUUUAAUGCUUCGGAAGCCAAGUACUACUCGAGUUCGGCGAACAGAUGUCAGAUGACUCUGCAGGUUUGUAGUCCUCAUCUAGAAACGUCUAGCCCUGGGUGUUCAGGUCGCCCUGGCCGGUCUGCACACUCCCACCAACUGGGGCGACUGGAAUCGUCAGCACUUUGACGACUGGUCGCCGAUCCCCUACACGAUCUCGGAUCCGCUCCUCCGCAUGUACUCGGUGCCUUCGUGCAAACGAUCCGAUCAAGUGUGGGCGCCGAUCGACAACGACGAUCUGCCAGAGUUGGAGAACCUGAAGACGGACAACGCGCGCAUUUUGGAGUACUUGACGCACGAGACCGGUUGGAACAUGACCGCGAAUCUGGGAGAGGCCGCCGAUUUGGCCGACAACCUCAUUCAAAUGGAUUUCUACAACACGAGCUAUCCGUUGUGGCUGUCACAACCACAACUCGACGGGCUCAACGGAACAGCGCUGAAGAGCACUAUCAUGGAGUUUGGUACCGUUGUUUCUUUUCUUUUCUCUCACUUUUCUCGCUAAUAAUGCAAUUUUUUCAGCGGAAAUCCAUCCACGCUCGUGUGCCUACUACUACCCGUGUCGCUAUCUGAUGGGCGGUUUGUGGUUGGAUGAUAUCAUUCAAAAGCUCAACGACGCGAAUUCCACUAAAAAUGCACUAAAACUGAUCGGAUAUGCGUCGGUAGCCCGUUUUCCUUUCGCGUUUUUUAGUGAAAACCAGCGUUUUUAGCACACCGAAGUGACGCUGUCGGUCAUGAAGUUGAUGGGAAUCGAGCGGGACGAAGUGACGACGUCUGCCGGAUUCGUGAUCGAAUUCCGAACACGUCCGAACGUCGCCGUCCGUUUAUUGAACCACGAUCCGAAUCCCGUUGACUCGCACGUCAUCUACGCCGCCAAUUUGACCAAGGAAUUGUCGGACGUUCAGGAGUCCGACGGCUUUAUACGAUUGACCGAUUUUAUACGGAUUGUCAAGUCGGAGGUCUAGCGAUUAAGGUGUCCAAAAAUAAGUGCUAAGUUUUCAGAGCUACUCGGAUUGGCCGAAACAAUGCGACGCUCCUUCGUGUGCCAAAGAUGAUCCGACGAAUUCGACGUCGGCAUCCUCAUCCGCUUCAUCGUUCAUUUCUAUCAUGUUCCUAGUUUUCAUAAUCGUACAAUAG